AUGUCGUCAACGCCGCCGCCGCGAGCCCCAACCUCCGACAAAAAGGAAACAGCAGCAGUUCAAAUGCAGUACUGGUGGCGAAAGCAUCUAAAGCGCAAUGAACAGCUGUCUGAGAAAGCAAGGAAAAUUUCGGAAUGGCGUGGAUUACAGGAUAUUUCGCUCCACAAUACUGAACUCAUUGAGAAGCUGAACGCUAUUAGGAGAAGAAAGGCUUACGAUCUUAUGAAAUACGAGCAUAUACUCCAACUACCCGCACGAAAAAUCGCUGAAUAUCUAGCAAAGGAGUCUCAGAAGCCUUCAAAAGUUGUGGAAGCCGAAGAUGAAGAAAUCAUAGAGAGAAUUGAACAUGUAAAGAGGCAUGAAGCUGCAGUGAUUAUACAGCGAGCAGUAAGUUUGAAAUCUGCACAAGUGCAGUUCGAGUCAACACCUUACUUUUAG